AUGACGAUGGUGCUUCUCCCUCUUCUUCUUCUUCUUCUUCUUCUUCUUCUGAUGAGCCUUCAAAGAAGCCAGCGGCAAAGAAGCGUAAGGUGCAACAAACUGAUACAGUUCGCAAAGGCCAAUGCGCUAUUGGGUGCUGGUGAUAUUAAAGUAGUAUACAAACAAGCAGCAAAAGACCUGAAAAUGAAAUUAGAUUCAGAUGACAAAAGACUGUUAAAAGAAACUAAGGGCGAUGCGACCCGUAUCACGCUCAAGCAGAAGAACCCGAAGCAGCUCGGGUGCAAGUCGCACCAGCGCUACGAGAAGUACAAGGCCGCGACGACCAAGGGCGAGUUCCGCAAGCUCGGUACGCCCUUGCCAUAUCCAUCAAAUGGAUAUUGGAGAAACGCGGGCUCGGCGAAGGUCGAGGGCUUCAUAAAGCGAAACUCAUACGAAUUGGACGCCAAAAGAAGUAGAAUAAACAGGUUAAAUUCAGUCAAUAAAAAUUCGCGGAUUCACACCGUGGACCUGCGAAAAGACGCAAUGGUUAGGCUGCUCAACUCCGAGAACUACCACGUUGAACUCGUCAAGAACUGCAACGCCUACGGCCUCGGCAACCCGACCUGGCGGCCCAGGGCCUUCGUCUUCGCCUAUGCCGCGAACCCCGGCGAGGACUUGAUAGUGCCCGAGGGCGUCACGAUCCUCGAGGAGGAGAGCGAGUCCGAGGAGGAAUAUGAGGCAGCGAGCUUUAUGAUGAAGCACGUCGAUUUGUAUUUAGCGUCACUUCCGAGGCCCGGCGGGAGCGAGCGGGCGCCGAAGAAGGCGUCGGCGGCGAAGAAGCCCGCGGCGACGAAGCCCGCGGCGAAGAAGGCCGCGAAGCCCGCGGCGCGCACCGCUGCGGCGCUCCGGCGCGCCUACAUCGGCCGCACGGUGAAGAAGGCUUUCUAUAACCAUGGCAAGAUGGAGUGGUAUGACGGAGUGGUCAAAUCCCUUUACUCUAAAAGUAAAUGGUUCCUCGUCGUCUACACCGACGACGACAAAGAGGAAGUCACCGAGAAGGAGCUGCGGCGCAUCCUCACCGCGGCGCCCGUCCCCGGCGCGCUCGGCGCGAUCGCGGCGUCGUCGCUGCUGCCGGCCGUCGGCGCGUACGGCGGCGCGGCCGCGGUCGGCAAGCUCCGGCUCGCGUGCCGCGCGCUCCGCGCCUUCGACUGGGCGCCCGUCUGGGCCGCCCUCGUCGAGGCGCGCUUCCCCUUCGCCGGCCAGCGCGACGUCGAGGCGUACCGACGGACGGACGCGGCGUAUCCGCUCCUCUUCCGCCCCAGCGCGACGUCAGUCUCCUACGCGGACCUCAACGACGACGGCCCGGCGUUUCUCGCCGGCGCCGCCGCGGGCACGCGCUGGGCGCGGGGCGAUGUGUUGACGCGGUCGCGGCGGCGCUUCCGGGUGGCGUUCGGCGCCGUGCUCGGCGCCGGCCGCGCGUACGUCGGCCUGGCGGUCGCGCGCGCGUUCGACGGCGGGGCCGCGACCUUGGACAGCGACGACGCCAUCCUCAUCAGCAGCCACGGCUACAUUUCCAGGGCCACGGGCGGGGGCGCCGACGCCCUCCCGAAUCGCUGGGGCCCGGGGCCCGACGGCUGGGUCGACGUGCAAGUCGACCUCGACACGCACUACGUAUCCAUCGCCUCGUGCGUCGACCGCAACGGCCACACCAGCCUCUCCGUGCAUAGCCUGCGGCGCCGGCUCCGGAAGGGCGAGGCGCUCGUGCCCGUCGUCGGCGUCGUCGCCGGGAGCGACGCGCAGCUCCUGCCCCUCGCGGGCACCGAUAAUCCGCACCACAGCUAA